AUGGCUGGACCAAAUGUCAGCUUCGCAACUCCGACGCCGGUCGUCAAUGGCGAUAGCAAUGGGCAUGUUCAAGUCACUUCCGACAGAAUCAUCGUUGGAGUCGACUUUGGCACUACAUAUUCUGGUGCAACCCCAGACGACAUCGAAAUCAUCAAGACAUGGCCAGGAGGCAACGGCAUAACCUCCGACAAAGUACCCACCGAAAUCGCCUACGAAACCACCGAACUGUCCCCCAGCAGCACCAACAACACCAUAACCCCCGAACAAGGCGGCGGUGCCCGCUCCACCGUGCAAAGAAUAAAAUGGGGCUUCCAAUUCAAACCCGAAGAACCGCGGUUGCGCUGCAUAAAGCUGUUCCUGGACAGAAAUCAAAAGUUGCCGCAUUUUGUCAGUCCGUUGGAUACGGCGGCGCAUUUGAGGAGUUGUGAUCGGACGGUCAUGGAUGCCGUGAGUGAUUACUUGGGACAGAUUUAUAUCCAUACCAUGGAGACGUUGAAUAGGCGGUAUGGUGAAAGCUUUAUGGCUAUGACCAAGGUGGAGUUUGUCCUUACUGUUCCAGCUGUUUGGUCAGACUCUGCGAAGAAUGCGACUUUGCAAGCGGCGGAAAAGGCAGGUAUGGGCAAGAAGCAUGAGUUGAGAUUGAUCAGCGAGCCUGAAGCUGCCAUGCUGCAUGCCCUCAAAACAGUACAACCGCACAAUCUCAAGAUCGGAGAUAACUUUGUCAUUUGCGACGCAGGAGGCGGUACCGUAGAUCUGAUUGCNCUAGUUCGUCUGCCAGAUCCAUUUUCAAGGACGAAAAGAAACAUACUGACGAUCGCGUCUAGCAAAAUCACCCAACUCUCUCCACUCAGAGUUGAAGAGAGUGCAGUAGGAACAGGCGGACUCUGCGGCUCAGCAUUCCUCAACUACCGCUUCGAAGAACACGUCAAAGAACGACUCGGCACAGACACCUACACCCACAUGCGCUCCAAAAAGCCAAAAACCUGGAUGAUGGGCCUGAAAUACUUUGAAGAAUUCGUCAAACGCAACUACAACGAAGACGACAACCAAGAAGUCAACGUACCCUUUCCCGGUCUUCCUGAUGAUGAGGAAGCAGGAAUAGACAGUGGAUUUAUGGUCAUGAGUUCACAACAAGUCAAGGCUAUUUUCGAGCCUGUGAUUGAUGAAGUGUUGAAGUUGUUGGAUGGGCAGGUGGAGGCUAUUCGNCAAAAGGGCGAUACUGUGUCUGGGAUUAUACUGGUUGGAGGAUUUGGCCAGAGUAAUCAUUUGUACAGUCGGUUGAAGUUGCAUUUCAACGCUGCAGCAGCACAAGCACCGCCUGCGUAUGUUGAGAAGGAUGAGCAGCAGGUGCAGAUACAGCAACACGAAUACCCGCCUGUGGAGGUCAUUCAACCGCUAUAUGCUUGGACAGCUGUAGUCAGGGGUGCAGUAAUCAGAGGUUUGGACGACAGCAUGGUAUCUUCUCGUCGCAGCAGACUUCACUACGGAACCUCCUACGCCACAGUCUUCGACGAGACAAAACACGACAUUGCAGAUCGCUACUGGUCUCCAUUGUGGGAACGUUGGAUGGUCUCCGACCGCAUGCAAUGGCACAUCUCCAAGGUACAUAACCUUCCCUCUCCAACCAAACCACACAAAAAACUAACCACACCCCACUCCUCCAACAGNAACACCGCCAUCUCCCCCGAAACCCCAAUCUCCUUCCACUACACCCGCAACUUCAUGCCCCACCAAUCCCUCAUCGUCACCGACGAACUAAUAGCCUGCGGCGCCGACCUCGCUCCCCCCUCACGCACAAAAACCCUUUCCACAGUGUGCACUCUGCGCACAGAUCUAAACGCCGUACCCCAAGAAUUAUUCACCAGACUUAAAACCAGCAAAGGGGCUGAGUUUUUGAACUUGGACUUUGAGUUGGUUAUGAGGAUCCAGAGUGCGGAUUUGGUGUUUGAGUUGAGGGUUGGUGGGGUGGGGUAUGGGGUUGUGCAGGCGGAGUUUCAUUGA